UGAUUCAUUCAACGAUUUCUUUUGUCAGAAGGGGAAUUUGAACUAGCAGCUGUUCACCUCGUGACUUUUCAUCUGCUUCACUUCACGUUCACUCAUCGCUUCUGUUGUCACCGACUGAAGCUUUAAUAAGUGGUCGUGAUGAAAACUUUGCUGCUUUUUUUUGCUUUACUGCCUGCAGCUUCAGCUUUUCACCUGUCUGAGCGAGAUGAGUUUCACUUCAAAUCAUGGAUGGCACAGUACAACAGGGUGUACAGCAUCCAGGAGUACUAUGAGAGACUCCAGAUAUUCACUGAGAACAAAAUGAGAGUUGACAAACACAAUGAAGGAAAUCACUCAUUCACAAUGGCGCUGAACCAGUUUUCAGACAUGACUUUUAAUGAAUUCAAGAAGUCUUUCCUCUGGUCUGAGCCACAGAACUGCUCUGCUACCAAGGGGAACUACUUCAGCAGCAACGCACCACUACCAGACUCCAUCGACUGGAGGAAGAAAGGAAACUAUGUGACAGAUGUGAAGGAUCAGGGAGGUUGUGGUAGCUGCUGGACUUUUUCCACAACCGGCUGUCUGGAGUCUGUUACUGCCAUCAACACUGGGAAGCUCGUACCGCUGUCUGAACAACAGCUGGUAGACUGCGCCCAGGACUUCAACAACCAUGGAUGCGAUGGCGGCCUUCCGAGUCAAGCAUUUGAAUACAUCAUGUACAGCAAGGGACUGAUGACAGAAGAGGAUUACCCAUACACAGCUUAUGAAGAUACUUGUGUGUACAAACCCGAACAAGCUGCUGCUUUUGUGAAGGAGGUGAUGAACAUAACAGCGUACGAUGAGAUGGGGAUGGUUGAUGCGGUCGCCACACGCAAUCCUGUCAGCCUUGCCUUUGAGGUGACUGGUGACUUCAUGCAAUACUCUGAGGGUGUGUACACAAGCACUGAAUGCCAUAAGACCACAGACAAGGUGAAUCAUGCUGUGUUAGCAGUCGGCUAUGGAGAGGAGAAUGGCACUCCCUACUGGAUAGUAAAGAACUCAUGGGGAUCCGGAUGGGGCAUUGGAGGAUAUUUCCUCAUUGAGCGUGGGAAGAACAUGUGUGGACUCGCAGCCUGCUCAUCUUUCCCAGUGGUGUGAUCGGUGUGAUUUCUGCGUGAUAGCAAACUAUACAAGGGUUGAAAAGAGAGCAGAGUCCUUUUUUAUUAUGCAGAAUGUUGUCAUAUAAUCAGUAGCCAACUAGUGUCUUCCAUGUAAGUGGGUAUUUGCACAAUGGAGUAAAUCUGAGCCCACAGCCCUAUGAUGGGGCAAGUCAUGUCCAGAUUAAUCACUAAAUAUGAAAUUACACUUCAAUCAUUCAAGUCAUUGCAGUUACAUGGUCAAAUAAAACAUAUCAAAUUA